AUGGGACUAAUAGUUUUGCAGGAUGGGUUUCCGAAUGAUCGACCAAUACAGGGAUUUCCUUCUGAUCCUGUGGUCAGAGUACCCGAUGAUACUAUACCAGCUGAUGAUGCAUUCAGUUUGAUGUUUUUGAUAUCCCUUAGCAUAACUUUUGGGUUAUUGUUACUGGUUUUAAUAUUGAUUUCGAUAUAUUUGACGUUUUGUGGGGGCAAUGACGGUGAUGAUAGCGACGAUGAGGAUGAAGACGGGACUUCUGUUUCAUUCAAGUUCUUUAGGAAGCGUAAUAGCUUACUGCUAGAUAGCAGUUUUAUGACGCCGGGAAAGUUUGAUGACGAUGAGAGUUUGAAGGUGCGUGAGGCAAAAGAGUUGCCGAAGAUGUCUUCAUUUGAAGUUGAACUGUAUGAACGUACCAAAGAGUUUCAGAAGAUGAGCCCUCCGAUGGUUAAACCGUUGGGUUCAUUUUUGAAUUCUCAAGAUAAACAGGUGAUUAAGGAUAGGGGUAUUCAGUCUUACUUUUUCCUACCGUCAAUAAACGAUAAUGUGGAUAUCAAUGGUGCAUUUUUGCCCAGCUUCUUUGUAGAGGAUAAGUUGAACGUCUCCUUUACCAAGUUUAAUAUUUCUUCUAGUGCAAUAAUGAACUACCCACUUCCGAUGAACAAGAAAGACGCCGUAUAUUUUGAAGUGAAGGUUUACAAGUUUAAAACUUGUUCUAAUUCUAUCUUUAGCAUUGGAUUGAUGACAUGCCCUUACCCAUAUUUCCGGAUCCCAGGUACAGCAGCAUACUCUAUAGCGUACGAGUCCACUGGUAAGCUAAGAAUCAAUAAUGCGUUCGGAGCUGAUACUUUGUUGCCUAAGUUGGAAGAAGGCGAUGUUGUUGGGUUCGGAUACAGAUAUAGUUCGGGAACCAUAUUUAUAACGCAUAACGGAAAAAAGAUGAUGGAUGUAACGCAUAAAGUCGGUAUAGACUUGUUCGUUGGCCUUGGUGCCAUGAACGCGGCCUACACACGCACAUACACGAAGGAUGGCCUAUUUGAGGACCCCGAUAAUGUGAGUUUUAGACAAAAAUGGUCUGAAUUACAAGCAUUCAACAAUGGAGAAUCGAGUUCAGAUUACAUUGACGCCAGAAAUGUUAUAAGUAAAGAUCUAUUACAAGUUCAUGAUCCCAAGGAAGACACAGUAAGCUCUGAUAAUAUUGAGUUGCAUGUAAACCUGGGGCAACUGGGAUUUGUCUUCAUCGAAGCCAACGUCAAGAAAUACGCGUUUGGUAGCGUUUACGGAGAUAUUGGUAUUCCACCCGCCUACAACGGAGACGAUAUCAAACAAGAUAUGCUAUUACAAAAGGGUGAUGAGCUCCCGCCAGAGUAUCCAGACGAUGCCGUGGAUUUCUUUGGUGACAUUCACAGUCCCGCUUCAACUUCUGAACCACCGUCCGCCACUUUUUCAGCAGGCCUACCAAUGGAUAAUGCGGCGGACACACCUGUUUCAACAGCAGAUGCAGAUGCAGAUGCAGAUGCAGAUGCAGAUGAAGAAGAACCAUUGAUAUCUGUGAAGAAGCCCGCUGCGCAAACGCAUUCGAAGAAGAACAAUAAGAAGAAAAAGAAGAAGAAGAGCAAUAGAAAUCGGAGGGGUUGA